GAAGGUCGUGCUGCAGCCCAUCCGGGAGAUCUCCGGCGCCGUGCAGCUGCCCGGCUCCAAGUCGCUCUCCAACCGGAUCCUUCUCCUCUCCGCCUUGUCCGAGGGAACAACGGUUGUGGAUAACCUGUUGAACAGCGAGGAUGUCCACUACAUGCUCGAGGCCCUGGACGCGCUUGGGAUCUCAGUGGAAGCAGACAAAGUUGCAAAAAGAGCUGUAGUCGUCGGCUGCGGCGGCAGGUUCCUGAUUGAAAAGGAUGCCAAGGAGGAAGUAAAGCUCUUCUUGGGCAACGCUGGAACUGCAAUGCGGCCAUUGACGGCAGCUGUAGUAGCUGCUGGUGGAAAUGCGACUUAUGUUCUUGAUGGAGUACCAAGAAUGAUGGAGCGUCCUAUCGGUGACUUAGGUGUCGGUUUGAAACAACUAGGUGCGAGUGUUGAUUGUUUCCUCGGCACUGACUGCCCACCUGUUCGUAUCAACGGCAUUGGAGGGCUACCUGGUGGCAAGGUUAAGCUGUCACAUGGCCGCGCCGGCUACCGCUGCCCGCAGGAGCCCUGGCCGGCGGGGAAAUCGAGUAGGAGAAGAGCUCACUCAUGCCGUCCGCCGACGCGGGCCAGCGACAGCAUGGCGUCCCCAUGGCCCCGCCGCCUCGUGACCCAGCCUUGGUGA